AUGGACUGCCGUCUGCCACCACACCCCAAGUGCUUGUCUGGAAGGUCCUUCGAUCAGCUGCACGUUGUUCGACACCCGGACAAACCAGACAUAAAGGCAAAGUACACGGCACAGUUGUACAUUUCAAGGAUUCAGCCGCCGGUCAUCAAGGUUGUUCUUGCUGGCACAAUCUACGUUUUCCCACCGGACCAACGGAAUUUCUAUCAUGCUCUGCUGAUGUUCUUCUACUUCUACCACAAACAGGACGAAACGAUAAGGUUCCGGUACGAAAGUGGCGUACGUCAAAUCGAGGUCUCCACCUUCAAGUCGAACGUGAUUCUAACUCGACUGUAUGGCCAUCAGCUAAAAAUCGUAGAAGUCUGUGCCGAUCAGUAUCAUCCUUGUCGUUGGCCUCUCCGCUAUCAUAGCUUGACCGAGUUCGGCCUCGCAGGUGGCAGUCUCUUCGUGACUUUUACCCUCCAUGGAUUUCCCGAUGCUUACUGA